UCUUAAUAUACUUAAUAAUUAGCCUAGGUUCGGACUAAGCCUCUCCCUUUUUUCUUCCUCUAUCCUUAUCCAUCUGCAACUAUAUCAACUGCUCUGUGGCCGGAUCACAUUGAUCAACGUAAAGCUCUUCUUCAGAUUAGACGAUAAUUAUACUCUUGAUUGUAGAUAAAGCAGAUGGCUUUAGUUGCGGGACAGAGAUCCACACUGAAUCCGAAUGCUCCGCUCUUCAUUCCGGCGGUGUACCGUCAAGUGGAGGAUUUUUCUCCGGAGUGGUGGGAGCUGGUGAAAACUUCGACGUGGUUUCGUGACUACUGGCUGAGUCAACAUCCAGAGGGGAGUUUUGACGGCGGUGUUGGUGAUGAUGAUGAUGAUGUUGUGGAUUUGUUGCCGGAGAAGUUGGAUGUCGAUUUUGAUGAGGAGUAUGCCAAUCUGGAAGCUCAGUUUGAGGAGCUGAUCGUGUGGAAUGAAGAAGAGAAAGAGGAGCAGCAGCGACCUCUCAACGGUGUUAAAAUGGAUGUGAAACGUGUACUCAAGGAACUGAGCAUCCCAAAAUCUGGCAAGGAAAGGAGUGUAAAGUCUCCAGCGAAGCUAGGUAAGUACCAAACGAAGGCAGCCCACUGCGGAAGCCCAAAGUCUACACCAAGGCGCAUCCACCAAAUUCAGCAGCCUCGUUGAAAGAUGCAAAGAGGAAAGAGCAGAAUAGAGAGUUUGGAUUUGGGUUCAGUUGGAUGGUCACUCUUUUUGUGCAUGUAUAGCAACCAUGGCUUGUUUGUAAACUCAUUUGGAUCCAUUUUCCGACGGCGGCGGCGGCGGCGGCGGCGGGUGGUGUUUUUCGUGUAGUUUGAUAAGACGAAACUUUGUAAAUUGCAAUAAGAAUGAUCAAAAUUGUCUUGUUUGUCCAUGAAUUCCAAGGAGUUGUGUGGCAAAAAAAGCAAGCAUUUCACAAAGUGCGUCUCCACGAUCAAGCUGCUUUUUUAAAAAAUAAAAAUAAAAAUAAAAAUUCGUUUUAAGGAA